AACUCGACUACCUUAGGGUCCCCUAAGAUCGAUAGUUCAAGAAUAUCCUGACUAAUACACAUCUACAUCAUGUGUCUUUAUUGAGUUUCAGUUCAAAGGUGUGUCAAACCAUAUGUUAGGCAUAGCCAGGCCAACGCAAAAUUCACCCCAGCUCUCUACGUAGAGUGUUCUAGAGAUACACUAGGUGCACUCAUAGCAAUUGCUUAGGCGUGUCAAUUUUAAGAACCCCCACGAAUACCAAGCGCCCUAGUUCAUUCGAGGAGACUGAUGUUCGUAUCCCAUCGAUUUGCUCCUAGACUGACCAUACAUCGUACUCUAAAUCACGCAUCAUGAUCAUCAACGGACUAUGCAUAAGAGAGUGGUUGAUCAGAGUCUCAACGGGCAAUGAGAGAGAUGGGAAGUGAAUGUAAAGAGCAAGUCAGGUGACCCGCUCAAAGUGCCGCUUAUGUCAUCCAGGCGCACCUCCCCUUUUUCGGGACUAGCGCACCUUUCCCGCGCCGAGAAGCCAGGUCAACUCAAGUCACGGGCCAUAAUAAUAAAGCCAUUCCAGACCGGACGCUGAAUUGCUUCAACUACUGUCGUGCGAGCUACCGUAUCUGUCUCGGAUCCCACCGCGGGCCUUCUUUCUGACUUCUUCAAUUGUCCCUUCUCUCUCCUGACCCCGCCAGGGGUUGUGGAUCGCCAUGUCUUCCCUGAAGCAAUUUAUCCGCAAUGUGCGAUCGGCCAAAACCAUUGCCGAUGAGCGGGCAGUUAUUCAGAAAGAAAGCGCUGCUAUUCGAGCCUCGUUUCGCGAAGAGAGCCACGACUCGGGCAUCCGGAGGAACAAUGUGGCCAAAUUGCUCUAUCUCUUCACGCUGGGUGAGCGGACUCACUUUGGUCAGAUCGAAUGUCUCAAGCUACUCGCCUCGCACCGAUUCGCCGACAAGCGACUGGGCUACCUGGGAACGAUGCUGUUGCUCGACGAGAAUCAGGAGGUUUUGACACUAGUGACCAAUUCUUUGCAAAAUGACCUGAGCCACUCGAACCAGUAUAUUGUCGGACUCGCCCUCUGCGCGCUCGGUAACAUCGCCUCUAUCGAAAUGUCCCGGGACCUCUUCACCGAAGUCGAAAACCUCAUGUCUACAGCGAACCCCUAUAUUCGACGGAAAGCCGCCAUCUGUGCGAUGCGGAUAUGUCGCAAGGUCCCGGAUCUGCAUGAACAUUUCCUGGAAAAGGCAAAGACAUUACUUGGGGAUCGAAACCAUGGCGUUUUACUUUGUGGUCUGACUUUUGCAAUUGAUCUGUGUGAGGCUGAGGAGGAAGAGGAAGGCCCCGAGGGAGUCAUUGAGGUGUUCCGACCGCUCGCCGGGGGUCUCGUGCGUGCUUUGAAGGGUCUUACAACGUCCGGAUAUGCCCCGGAGCAUGACGUCUCUGGCAUUACGGAUCCUUUCCUUCAGGUUAAGAUACUUAGGUUCCUACGGGUCUUGGCCCGGGGGGAUGCGGCAACCAGUGAAUUGAUCAACGAUAUCCUUGCCCAGGUGGCCACCAACACCGACUCAUCAAAGAACGUGGGCAAUGCCAUCCUGUACGAGGCUGUGCUCACCAUUCUGGACAUUGAAGCCGACUCCGGGCUGAGGGUUUUGGGUGUCAACAUUCUCGGAAAGUUCUUGUCUAACAAGGAUAACAACAUCCGCUACGUUGCAUUGAACACACUUAACAAGGUCGUUGCUAUCGAACCGAACGCGGUACAAAGGCACCGUAACACCAUUUUGGAAUGUCUGCGGGAUCCUGAUAUCAGCAUUCGCCGGCGAGCGCUUGAUCUCAGCUUCAUGUUGAUCAACGAGAGCAACGUGCGGGUGCUAGUGCGAGAAUUGCUGGCUUUCUUGGAAGUGGCCGACAAUGAGUUCAAGCCCGUGAUGACCACCCAGAUUGGUAUCGCUGCUGAUCGUUUCGCCCCGAAUAAGCGCUGGCAUUUGGAUACCAUCCUGCGGGUUCUCAAGCUGGCUGGGAACUACGUCAAGGAGCAGAUUCUGUCCUCGUUCGUUCGCCUUAUCGCUACUACUCCCGAGCUGCAGACCUAUGCCGUCCAGAAGCUCUACUCUUCUUUGAAGGAGGAUAUCUCGCAAGAGGGUCUUACACUGGCGGCUACUUGGACGAUUGGUGAAUAUGCCGACAGUCUACUGCAGGGCGGCCAAUACGAAGAAGAAGAGCUGGUCAAGGAAGUCCGCGAAAGCGACAUUGUUGACCUGCUCACCAACAUCCUCAACAGCACCUACGCUAAUCAGACCGUCGUCGAGUAUAUCAUCACCGCAACCAUGAAGCUCACCACACGCCUAUCAGACCCCGCCCAGAUUGAUCGUCUCCGUCGCCUUCUCUCCAGUCGCACUGCCGAUUUGAGUGUGGAGAUCCAGCAGCGUGCCGUCGAGUAUAGCAACUUGUUCGGAUACGACCAGAUUCGCCGUGGUGUUCUGGAGCGCAUGCCUGCUCCUGAGAUUCGCGAAGAGCAGCGAGUGCUGGGUGCGCCCACCAAGAAGCGCCAGAGCAAGAUCCUUCGCGGCAAGUCCACCAAGGUCUCCAAGCCCGCCGAGCACGACCUCCUCCUCGAUUUGAUGGGUGGCUCCGAUGCACCCGUAACAAGCCCGACAUCAAACGGGUCCAACACCGCCGAUCUGCUGGCAGAUAUUCUGGGCGGAGGAGACUCGAGCACAUCGUCGCCAGCACCCGCGCCCAUGGGUCAGACCUCCAUGAACAACGCCGUUAUCAUGGAGUUGUUCGGCUCGAGUGGUGCCUCGCCAUCACCCCAGCCAGCCCAGCAGCCUGCCUCUGCCUCGCUUGACUUGCUUGGUGGAGGUGGCCUUGGUGCUUCUGCACCAUCACCCUCUGCCUCGCCCGCACCUGUCUCCGCCUCUACGCCUGCACACAGCGUCUACAACAAGGACGGUCUUGUGCUUACUCUGCAAGUGCAACGAAGCGGCCCCCAUGCUCAAAUCCUAGCUCGCUUCCGCAACGAGUCCAACUUUGACAGCUUCGCCAACGUCGGCCUACAGGCCGCUGUGCCCAAAAGCCAGCGCUUGCAACUGAGUGCUAUCAGCAAGGCCGAGCUCGAGGCCGGUGAUGAGGGUACCCAGACACUGCGUGUGACUGCACUGAAUGGGGCCCUCCCGCCCAAGCUCCGCCUUCGCCUCCGAGUAUCAUCCACUCGGGACGGAAAAGCCGCGACUGACCAAGUGGACUGGUCCGAGCCAUAAGCUAUUCUUUACAAGCGAUUCCUCAUUUGUAUCUUGCAAAGUUUAAAGCUCAAGGUUGGGACAUUUUCAAGUCACAAAAUAUUUCAGACGGACAAAUCUUUUUAAUUCAACGAGCAACUCCUCAAAAUUCCCUCCUGGUUCUAUACACACACAUUCCCCUUAGUCGCAUUACGCCUUCAUACUUUUUUUUCCUGCUUGCCCCCCCCCCCCCCCCUAGACAUUUCAUCCCUUGGUUUUCUUCUGAUUUUCCCCGCGUAUUUUCCUUUCUCCUGUGUUUGCCCUUGCUUUUCCCUAGGAUUGAAGGGUCCUUUUCUUUCUUGUACAUGUUUCGUGAGCAGCUGAUUCGGUGCAUGGACAAGUGCUGCAAGGUGCAAAUUGACAGAGCUCUAUUCAGUGAUGUCGUGCGUUGAGUAAAAAAAAAUAAUGAUCAGGUCAAGAAGGAUGACAUGCUAGAGCAAUGAUGGGUAUGGGUUUACGUAUGUUCCUUAGUCGGGAGUGUUAGGGAAGAGACACUGGAACAGUUUGUUUCAAGGAUCUGGAAUUUCUGUCUGCUAUUUGUAAGCACUGAGCUAGACAUCCAAGGAGAGACAAGCCCGAAGUAUCAAAUGUUGCGUUGAUAUGAUAGAAUCCCAAGAAACGGAAAUACGAAAGGCGCCGAUAAACUUGGCAUGAAUAGACAGAAACCACAGACAUGAAUGAGUACUUGAGAAGAAAAACGAAAAAGCCAAGCAGAGCAGAGCAGAAAUAAGCACCACAAGUAAACUCAAUCCAAGCUCCGCCGGGAGAACGCCAACGUCCAGCGUAGUUACCGAAUGCAAAUGCAUAAAAAGCGCCAACCGCACAGGUUCGGCUAUAGAUUAUCAGGGAAGGACCUGGUCAUGGUUGUACCACUCUACAUAUGCUCGAUGGGUUCCUCUGGAAGUAGUACCUGGCCCUCCCUCCGGUUAGAGGGAAGGCACGCCUUAAGAGGGGGACGGAUGAUAUCGUUGAAGAGGAAGGUGCCAUAUACGAGCAGUCCGAAGCCAACGACUUGGAGCCACUUGAAUGACUCCCAGCCUAGACCCAGAGAAACAAGCCAGAUGAACAGAGUUCGGCAAGUAUCGAUCGUGCUGCGGGAGGUGGCAGAGACGGUGCGGGUGACGGAAAGGCCGAAGAAGUUGAAGCCACUGGAGAGUAGAGUUAGUCGGUAUUCGAAAUCAAGCAAGAUGGGUGUUCCAAUGGUUGACAAAGACGAAGAGAAGAAAUCAACAUACCCAAUGCUAAUCAUGAUCAUGAUACUCGAGAUCGCCACCGCGCGGUUCGUGCUAAUCUCGUGCCAGCCCUCCUUCAUGUCCCAGUAUCCAUACCGACCGGCAUCAGUACUACCAAUGGCCAGAUACAGUACUACCAUACCAAUGAGGGUGACCGAGAAUCCAAAGAUACCCUCCCAGCCAACGACCUGAAUCGGGUCCAUGGCAUAAUUCUCAAGAAUCCACUCCUCAAGAACAAACUGCGACGCCGUGAAGAUCUGAGCAGCGGCAAUCAACAAAACACCAAUAAUAGUCUGCACCGCUUCAGGAGUUCUUCCAUCAGCAUGUACGAGACCGUCAUCCUGGGUGAUAUCAUGACCAGUUUCGCCGCUGAACAGCGCACCGGCAAGACCAACCAGGGCCACACCGAGUACGACGACGAAGAGCGCACUCCAUUGGUAGAGGAACAGCUUGCGGCGGAGAAAGAUCACACUAAAGAGACCGACGAAAAGAACGAGGGCUCCACGGGUCAUCUGGUAGAUACUAGCAGCAACAAAGAGCAGGCCCACGUUCAUAAGGGUAGUGCCCGCGAUAUCGCAGCAAGAUGGCGCAGCGAGCAGAAAAAUCCGCCAGCCGCGCAAUUUGAUACGAUCGUCAUCUUCGUGUGCAGGUUUCCUGUGGCCAUGGCCAUCGCGUCCGUCAAGAGUGUGGUCUUCGUCUUCGUCCUCCUCCCCAACAGGCCGAUAGCCGCCCUCGAAUAGCGGAGACGGGUCUCCAGUGAGUCGAGGCGCCACAAAGCGUUUAUAGAUUAUCGACAAUCCGACAACGAUCCAGCAGCCCAUUUCACCGACAAACAUUUGAGCCCUAAUCGAUUCCAGGAAUAUCUCGUAAGCCAAUGUCCGAAGAGUCCAAAGCAGCCAGGUCCCCAUUAUGCGACUCUGCUGCCGCAAGCGAUGCCACCUACGUUUGAAUGACGGGCUGCUCAAACAGCUUCCGAUCCUUUGGAUUGGGCGAGUCACAGUUUCGUACACAUUGCAUGUCCUUUGAUCGGGUGGGUUAUUAGUCUUGGAAAUCC